AUGCAUCGCAUGCGCAAUUUCGUCAGCCAGAAGUUUUCGAGUCGCCACGGGGCGGCGCCGGGGGCGAGGGCGCAGAAUGAAGAGGCCCCUGGGGGUUCCUCGGCGGCCUGCGGGCCUUCCAGUCGAGCCUUCCCGAAGGCUGGUCCAGGCGUGUCUCUUGGCGCCGGCGCGGAGCGUGCGCAACUCGAAGAGCUUGCUAAAUUCGUCGGGCGCAUCGAAGUCUUCCUCUCACGCUUUGACAGACUCCUCACCGAGUGCGACGGCAUGCACCGCGACCUCGGCGACAGUUUGAACAUUUUCUUUAGUCGAAGCACGGGCCUUCGAGAGACGGCCUUGGAGCUGGUUGACGCGCUGGCGAUCUUCCGCGUCGUUCGACUGGAGCUGCAACCGCACAUCGAGAGGACGCGGUGCGCUGCUGCGGAGCGCAUGAGGAAAAUUCGCCGCGCCGAGGUCUUAGCCAAGGAGAGAAACAACGCCUCGCAGAAGCUCCAACACUACACAAAAAAGCUAUCGAGGCUGAAGAGCGAAGUCCCUUCGGGCCUCAAAGCCCAAGAGCGGGUUACGCGAAACGAAAACAAGCUCCAGAGAGCCUCGACGGAGUUUUACAUCAAAGAGGAAGCGGCACGGACUGAAGUUCACGAGACGUUGGCGACGCGCUACACCGCGGCUGCGCAGCUUGUUAGCAAGGCGCUGCUGUUGAGCCGCGAGCUCUUCUCGGCGGCGCAUCCCUCGCUGGCGCGUCUGCCGCCGCUUCUGGGCCUGUUGAGCGCGCCGCUGGAAGACGCCGGGACGCCAGGCGUCGCGGCGGCGCCCGAGGCGCAUGCAGGAGGGGAACGGGGCGAAGCGGCCUCAGCGGCGUCCUCGCUGCAGGGGUUGCAGGCGUCGCUCCCUGCUGCUGCCCCCGCGUCUGCGCACUCGAGUGUGCCCGUUGUCGCGCGUCUCGGCAGCUUUGUCGAGGCUCUGCGGGCCUCUCACGACACUCUGCCGUCUGCGCAGCCUUCUCCGGCGAGUGCGGCGGCGUCUGCGCCCGGGGUCACUGCGCCCUCCGCCGCGGCAAACGCGGGCGGCCAGGCGGCGAGCUUACCCGGCGUCUCACCGCAGCCGCAGGUCGGCGGGCCCUCUGGGCUCCAGAGUUCGCAGCCGACGGGCGGCGUCGGCCUCAGUGUCUCCGAGCGGCCGUCAGGUCCCGUCUGCGCGUCCGCGCUGCCUCCUGACUCAUGCACCAGCGCCGUGGCGCUGAACGAAACAGGAAAGACUGAAAGCAUGCAUUUCGUGGGAGGCGGAACAAGCUCUCAUUUCAUUCAUCAGACCGACGAGAAAAGCGCCGCAAGCGGCGGGCUUGGCGACCCUGACUUGGCUCUCGCGGGGUCCGCCGGCGGCGGGGAGCGCGUGGCGCCGGAGCUCGCGGGGCCCCUUCUCACCUUCCCGUCGUCCUCGUGCGGCCCGCCCCCGGCGGGUCACGAGUCCCAGCAAGCGGGCCCGCCAGGGGCUGUGGGGAGUGGCGGAGGCGCUGUGUGUGGCCUCGCGCCUGCGUGCCCGGCGCAGGGGGGGGGGCAGACGCCCCAAGACUCCUACCGGCCGAGCGCCCUACCGCAGGCCGCUGCUGCCGGUUUUUCGCCGGCGUUCCCGUCGUCACUCGGCGGCACAUCCCACGCGUCGCUCCAUCCCGCGCCGAGCUGCGAGGGCGCGACUGGCGGACAAGGCGGGAGCGCCAACUGCCAUUUCACUCAGACCUCCUUCGCGUUCUCUCCCUCCUCGGCGCGUGGGGCGUCCUCCUCCGCCUCGAUGGCGGCGCCGCCGCACAGGCCCGCAGCCGCGGGGCCGAACGCUGCCGGUCUCGCCUCCGGGGCGUUGGUUGGCGAUUUCGCGGACCCGGAGAACUCCCGGCAUGCCGCUGCGACUCGGAGGGAAGACGAAGCUGCCGUCUCGACAGGCAAAAAGAGCGUUGCGGGCGACAGCUCUUCAGUCCCGCAGGGCGCACGCGACGAGCGCGGAGAGAAAGGGAGCGGAGCGCUUUCGAAGAAGCUCUCGUGGGGUCGUUUCAUGCUUCUUUCUUCUCGUCAGCAUGGCGACGGGAAGCGGGCGGGGGGGAACGCGGCGGCCCCUCGAGGCGGAAAAGGAGGCAACCUGGAGAGUGCGCAGUCUGCAAGCGACGCGUCGCGUUUUUCGCGAGUGGUGUUCGCGGGGGACGAGCCCGCAGGCACGCCCAGCGGGCCCUCCCCACACACGAUCGGAGACGCGGAGGGGCUUGACCGCGGGCGCGCGUGCCCCCACGCCUCGAGCUCUCUCCUCCUCGACAGCAGCUUCAUCGGCAACGCCGCGGACGGCGCGCAGUUUCCUGCGACGACGCGCGAAGACGGCCUGUUCUAUGCGCAGAACGCGACUCGCGGGCCUGGACCGACCAGCGAGCGGGGGACUGGAGACUCGGCCGUCUUCCCUUCUUCGCCUGCCACUCCCCCCGGGGCUGCGGCGGCGCCCUCGUCCUCGGCCCCGUUUCCUUCGCCCGCGACGAGUCCCUACGCGGGCGCGGCGUGCGACGCGUCGCCGCUCUCGUUUCCUUCGCAGAGCGCCUCUGCAGAGAGGGGAGAGAAGCGCGACCCCGAGGGCGUCUCCUCUCUGGCGCCCUCCUCCCUCUCCGGUCCGGGCGCCUUCUCCAGGGGCAAGAGCGACAGCUUCGCGCACCCCUUCUCGGGCCACGGGCCCGUCGCGCAGGCCUCUGCCUCGAUGCUGAUGGCCGCACGGGCGUGGGUCAGCGCCUCGGAGGAGCUCGCUUCAGCCGCGUCGGCUGCGGCUCCGUCGCGGGAAGGGGGUCUCGGCCUUCUAGCCUCGCAGUCCUCUCUGUUCAGCGCGGAGCAGAGAGAAGCCGCCGCGCGCGCUGGGGCGGAGUCAAUGCGAAGGCGAAGCAGCGACGGGCUCGCGCAUGCUUCCCCCAGGAUCUCUGCGAAGGACGAGGGGCGAAUGGAGCCCAGAGAGAGAGAAGGCGAGGAACGGACCGGCACCGCCGAUCGGAGACAGAACGAAGUGGGCCUCCUCCUCAGGGCGUCGUCGCCGGCAGCGCGCGACAGUGGGCGUCUGGGCGCGGACGGCGGGACCUACCGCGGCGAGUCUUUUUCGCCGUUCCCUCUUCCGGCCCCAGUGUUUCCUGAGGGCGGCAGCAGGACGCCGCCUCGCCUCCGCACCGGCUUCGGCGAAGGCCAGCUGUCCACGCUUCUCGACGCGAGAGGCGGCCUCUCUGGGUCGCCGUCGUCGCGGCGCCACAGCAGUGGAGGCGCGAGCAGCGGCAGCCGGGACUCUUCCUCUUCGUACUACACGACUCAGCGCGGCUCCACGUCUUCGGCCUUUUCGUUGCCGCAGUCGCCGAGCCCGGUGGGCGGGGACCUCCCGGCGGGCUCCGCGGCGACCGCGGGGACCUCGUCCCGGCGCGCCCCCCGCGCGGGGCACCCGCCGUCCUACGGCGGCGCGUCGUCAGUGGCGCCCAAGGCCGAGCGAAGGCGGCUGGGUCGCGUGCGUUCUGCUGGCGAGUCGGAAGAUGAGGACGCGAGCAGAUGCUGUGGAGACCGCGUGCCCAGCGCGGAGGCCGCAGCGGGGGCGCUGCGCGGAAAGGGGGCGCUGCGGGCGCACGAGAGGCAGGAGAGCUUCUUUGAACGAGACAGCGUCGGCGCGCGCGGACCCGCGGGGCACGGGGCCGGGUCAAGUAACCCGCCCUUUUCCGCGCUGUCGACCGGCGAAGAAAAGACCCCGUUCCCGUCUCAGGCGCCCGCGUUCCCCUCCACGACGCCUAGACUCGCGCGGCCGCCACAGGAAGAAGACGGGGGCCGCACGCGAGUGCAGGCGAGCAGCGAAACGGAGCAGGAGCCAGAGGACGAGUCCGACGCGAAGCAAACGAAGAGCUGGCGCAAGCAGGGCGGGAGGGGGGGGGGGCGGGAGAGGGCUCGUCCCCGCGACAGGCACACGAAAGGCGACGACGGGAGGGCGCCUGGACGACGAGGCGGCGAAGGCGCCCCGCCCGCCUCGACAAAAGGGGAGCGACGCCGGUUCUCCGGAGGCGACGCAGCGCUCGGAGACCCGAGCACCCGCGGAGGCUUCCGCGACGGUGACCGGCGCGGCCGAGACAACGCGGACGCCUCCGCAUCUUCCUCCUCGGCGGCGGCCUCAGCCGCCGCGACGUUUCGCCUGAGCAGGACGCGGGGGAGCAGCAGUGCGGGGCGGAUCAGCCCGCCCCCGGAAGACGACGAGCGCGACGCGAACGAGGCGCCUCGUUCGGGGCGGAAGCGCCGGUCGUGGGCGGGGCGUCUCUCGCCCGACGAGGGCUCCGAAGAAGACCCGCCGGCCAGCGCCGCGGCGGGGAGGCCUGGUGGCAAGAGACAGGGGCGCGGGCGACGCGUGGAGGAGGAACGCGACGCGUCGUCGAGCGACGGCGAGUCGCAGAUGGGUGCCUCUGCCAGCGACAACCCGUCCCUGAAGUCCAGCGAGCCGCUGACGACCCUCGAGAACGGUCGCGGCAGCCACCCUGGCAGUCGCAGCAGCUCCUGCAGACGCCUGCGCCACCUGGGGCAAGGCGGCUCAGGCCGAAAAGCGAGUGCAGGGGAAGUAGAGGAAGAAUCUUCUCAAGUGUUUUGGUAG